AUGAUCGACUCCCUGGUCCAUAACAUAGCCAGUCACCUCUCGGAUCUCAGCGAUAUCAACAUCCCGGUCGUUGCAGCCACAGGCUUAUUCCUCGUGGCUGUAUACAAGCUGUUGAUAUACUCUCUUUUCUUAUCUCCCUUGUCCCGCAUCCCUGCCGCGCACUGGAGCAGUCACGUCUGCCCCCUAUGGAUAUACUACAUCCGCUACAAGAUGGUCGAGAACCAGACCAUCCAUGAACUGCACAAGCGCAAAGGACCCAUCCUUCGUACCGCGCCUCAUCAGCUCAGCGUCAACUGCUAUGAGGGUGGCCUUAAAACCAUCUACACCGGCGGCUUCCACAAGACGGACUUUUACCAUAACCGUUUCGUCAACUAUGGCGUCGACCCCAUGUUCGCCAUGUCAGGCAAGGAGCACAGCCAGAGAAAGCGCAUGCUGUCUCAUGUUUACUCCAAAUCCUACAUCCUAUCCAGUCCCACGGUUCGCGAAACCACAAAGGCUGUUCUCUUUGACCGUCUCAUGCCCAGUAUCAAAGAGGCGGCUGAUUCGCGGAAGUCCAUCGAGGUUCUUGCUAUGCUUGCUGCCUACUCGAUGGAUGCUUUCACAACAUACCAAUUCGGUCUCUCCUUGGGCACCAACUUUCUGCAAAAUGUCGAGGAGCGAAAGUGGUACCUUUACCUCUUUUACGUCAGGCGUCCCUAUCUCUUCUGGACCACUGAGCUGCCAAAGUUUACUGCUAUGGCUCGUCGUAUCGGUAUCAAACUCGUGCCAGAUUGGGUUGAGAAAUCAUCAACCGACCUUGAGGAGUGGCAGAUCUCCAUCUGCGACAAGGCCGAGAAUCUUCUCUCAAGCGAAGCGACUGUCGCGGUCCAGGACAAGCCCUUGGUGUACGAAUGGGAGCGUACAGCUUUCAAGAAGCAAGAUUGCAAGGUCCAAGCCCUCAAUGGCCAGCCGUACCCUCGCCGUCUCGAGCUAGCGAGUGACAUGUACGACCACAAUGCUGCUGCACAUGAAACGAGCGGUGAUACAUUGACCUACGUCUUUUAUGAGCUCUCACGCCGCCCGGAGUUGCAGGACAGGCUGCGCGAAGAACUAUGUACGCUGUCUCCCAAGCUGUCAUACCCCAAAUCCUGGGACGACACCGAUCUGCCAGACGCCAAAGCCGUGGAUCAGCUGAGCUUACUCGACGCCGUUCUUCAGGAGACCCUUCGUCUGUGGGUUGCCGUCCCUGGUGGUCAGCCCCGUGUGACGCCCUCCCCUUCAUGCACUCUCGCCGGCUACGAUCACAUUCCCCCAGGCGUGCGUGUCCAGUCGGCGGGCUAUACCAUACACCGUAAUCCAAAGAUCUUCCCCCAACCAGAUGAAUGGAUUCCGGAACGUUGGCUUGGCCAGACUCCCGAGCGCUUGUCCGAGAUGAGGAAGUGGUUCUGGGCCUGGGGAAGUGGUGGUGCCAUGUGCAUCGGUAGCAACAUUGCAACGCAUUCUAUGAAACACUGUAUUGCUGGCGUGUACACCAACUACACAACCUCAAUCGUGGGCGCUCCCAACAUGGAGCUCGCAGAAGGAUUUACUGCUGGUCCCAAGGGAGGUAAGCUGGAACUGAUGUUUCAACAUGUCUGA